AUGUGUGAGGUAAUUGUAGUCAGGUGCUGCGCGCAGUACUUUAUAGAUUUUCUCACAAUUCUCGAUGGCUGCAACAUGAAUGUCAUUCGUUCCUUUAACCCCUCAUUGGCUCCGUUUAUGAAGCAACUACCCAGAUUUCUGUAUGGAAGUAAGCUCAUAGUACGUUCUCGAGAAUGCCAGGAGGUGAUAGAUAGGCUAGAUCUACGCAAGAAGUAUCCAGAUUCACAGAAUUUGGAUAUAAUCGAUGUCUUUACUGGUUAUGGAUUACUUUCCUCAAUGAUUAACUACGAACUUAAACCACGCAAACAUGUAGUUAUUGAAGCGGGAAAGGCUAACAUCGAAGAAUGGACUAAGAGAAUCAAUCAUUUGAAAGAAACAACCAACAACAAAGAGAAUUUUAUUCUCUACCCUCAUGAUGGUUUCAAUUGGGCCACCUACAAUCGCUUGAUUGACCAGGACAAAAUUGUGACGCCACGAACCGUGGAUAGAAGCAAAAUUCACGAUGAGCUUCUUAUCAUUGGUAACUUGACUUCGUCUUCCUUUGGAGAGUCGUUGUUAGCACAAUGGAUAAUGUGUUCAGUUUAUCGUAACUGGCUCCAGAAAUAUGGAAGAGUACGAAUGAUAUGCGUAAUUCCUGAAGGUACUGCCCACAAGUUUCUUUCCGGAAGAGGGUUUCCCAAACGUAAUAGAUCUGCCAUAAAGCGAGAAAUGUUCACCGAUACAAAACUUAUUGCCAUAACUCAAAUCCUCGAAGUAAGUUCUUCUCCAGAAGGCUUCAAAUAUGACCCUAAUACCCUUUUCAACGACCAGCCGUACUGUAUCUCAUCCAAGGCGAUAUUACCUCCAGGAACAACUUUGAGCGUCAUAGAGAUCGAGCCAAAAGAUCUCGGUCUGUUCGACGUGGAUUUGCUAGAGUACGUUCUUCAAAUUCUCAUGUAUAAAGCUACUGGCAGGGUCAUAGAUUCGCUUGCUCAAAUUGCUCCAGGCGCAGAAGUCGAGUUGGCUCCUAAACUAUCACCUGAAUUAUUGGAGAAGUGCCCCAGAGAUCUCACCACUGACGAAUUCAUGAGCAUUUUUGAGGUUGUCGACAACUGGGCGUUCAAGCCCUCUAUCGCGGAUAGAAUAGACAUUGUACAAGAGGACACCCGGACGUUUUGA